AUGCCGUUAGUUGAAAACGCGCGCUUUUCUGGUUUUGAUUAUCUUAUAGUGAUUUUUUUAGAAGCUACUUGUGAUGAUAAUUUACAAGAUCUACAAGACAUACAAGUUACAAAGGAAACGGCUGAAAUUAUUGAAUUUGCCUGGGUAGUAGUUGAUACAAGUAACUUGGAAGUGGUAUAUCAACAUUCACAAUAUGUAAAACCAUUAUUUACUCCUUUGACAGAUUUUUGCAUCGCACUUACAAAAAUCACAUGGGACAAGUUGGAAAACGCCGGGUCUUUAAACGAAGCAAUUAACAAAUUAGACAAUUAUAUCCAAACUUACAUAAUCAAUUUUAAUAAAACCUUUUGUUUUUGCACACAUGGUGCUUGGGAUCUUAGAAUUCAAUUGCCUAAAGAGGCAAAAGAAAAAAACAUCGAUUUACCAUUCUAUUUGUCAUAUUGUAAACUAUUUGAUCUAAAACAAGAAGUUCAACGAUGGCAGGCUCAUCAUCCUGACAUUAUAUUGAAAAGUUAUUCAUUACAAGAAAUAUGUUCAGUUUUCAAUUUGAAUUCAAGUGAGUCAGAUCAUUCAACAUUAAAUGAUUCUUUAACUAUAGUCAAUAUUAUUAGAUAUAUAUGUUCUUUAGCACAUUCUGAUGUUUUUGUUAAUCCAAUUGAUGCUGAGGCUGAUUUUAGUCAAUUUAGAAAAGAACAAUCCAAAGUAAUCCAUUUAGCAAGCUUGCCUUAUGAUGUUACUCAAACUGAAUUAGAAUCUUGGUUUUCAAUUCAAGAUAUAACACCUAUUGCAUUAUUGACAAUUAAAUUUCCAGAUGUUUAUCAGAAACCAAGUGGUUCGGGUUUUGCUAUAUUUUCUACUCAUGAAGAUGCCAAGAUUGGUUUAGAAAUGAAUGGCAAGGUUUUAUGUGAUAGAAUAAUUGAAGUUAACCCAAGUAGUGACAGGGUAAUAGAGGCUAUAGGAGCAAUAUUAUCAUCAUUUCCGGUGAAUAAAAACCGUAUUCGUCCAGGUGAUUGGUCAUGUUCAUCUUGUCAAUUUCAUAAUUUUGCUUCAAGGAAAACUUGUUUUAGAUGUAACGCAAUUGUAUAUGCCACAUCAAGUGUAAAAAUUAAUUCUUAUGAAUCCACAACCAUCACUACUGAUACAAUCAUUGAUGUUAAUGAUAAAAACAACAAUUCUCCCUCUACACCACAAUUAUCACAACUCAAUUUUAAUUCUGAUGAAUGGGAUUGGAAGUCACAGACCAAUGGUUUAUGUGCAUUGGAAUUGGACUUUGAACACUCCAGCCAAUAA